CCGCGUUCCUUUUGUUCUCUUCGUAGCCAGCAGAGCAGAGAGCCUAGAGCAGCCCCUGCGGCGGCGGGAGGUAGAGCGAGCGAUCAUGCCGGCGGGGCACGGGGUGCGGUCGCGGACGCGGGACCUGUUCUCGCGGCCGUUCAGGAAGCACGGGUACAUCCCGUUGACGACGUAUCUGAGGACGUACAAGAUCGGAGAUUAUGUGGACGUCAAGGUGAACGGGGCCGUCCACAAGGGCAUGCCCCACAAGUUCUACCACGGCCGCACCGGCCGCGUCUGGAACGUCACCAAGCGCGCUAUCGGCGUCGAGAUCAACAAGCAGGUUGGCAAUCGGAUCAUCAAGAAAAGGAUCCAUGUCCGUGUGGAGCAUGUGCUGCCUUCCAGGUGCCAAGAAGAUUUUCGCUUGAGGAUAAGAAAGAAUGAUCAACUAAAGGCUGAGGCGAAGGCUCGUGGCGACAUCAUCAGCACAAAGCGGCAGCCUGAAGGCCCCAAGCCUGGUUUCAUGGUGGAAGGGGCCACACUGGAGACAGUUACUCCUAUUCCUUAUGAUGUGGUCAAUGACCUCAAGGGUGGCUACUAAAAUCUGCUUGCAUCCAGUUUUUUACCGUAUGUUUUACCAUUGUCCAGUUUUAUGAAGUCUUUUUUAGUGGUUGGAAUCCUAGCUUUCACCUCAGUUAGGUACCAUAGACUGAUACUUUAUGUGCCAAGUUUGUCAUAUUAUAUUUCCAAUUGUUGGUGACGAGACUGUAUCUCUCAUGCCCCGUAAUGGAAUUUGUUGUUUUGGAGUUGGAUGCUUAA